CAUCAGGCGAUGGAGCGCGCAACGCGAACCCUCGUCCGUCACCUCGGGGAUUUUAUUGUGCAUUUCACGGUGGUGAUUUGUUUUGUUUUCACUUUGCACGCGCCCGCUGUGUCUGCUGCUCAUGCGCGUCAGUGCAACGGGGCAGACUACUAUUUUCAGUACACGGAGUGUGACAGCACAGGAUCCAGAUGGAGGGUGGCUAUUCCUCUGAACCCUGGAGAGUGUACAGGACUACCAGACCCUGUGCAGGGCACCGACUGCAGUUUCUCAUGUGAGGCAGGGGAGUUUCUCGAGAUGUCGGCUCAGGAUUGCACUCCGUGUGCAGCCGGCACCUUCUCCCUGGGCAGCGGAUUGCGUUUCGAUGAGUGGGACGACAUCCCGCCCGGAUUCAGUAACCUAGCAACAAACCCUGAUAACUCACCCAUUGGACAGAAUGUGUCAACCUGCAGCAGUGCAAAGUGGAUUGCACAGGGAUCGUAUCUGGAGUCCAACAGGGAUGAGUGUAUCGUAUUUCUUGUCUACACUGUGCACUUAAAAAAAAGGGGCUCAGUGUCUUUUGAGUACCAGUAUAUGGACAACAGCAUCUUCUUCGAGUUUUAUAUUCAAAAUGACCAGUGUCAAGAGAUGGACCAGGAUUCAAAUAAAAAAUGGAUCAAAUUGACCAGUCAUGGAGAGUGGGGAACACAUAGUGUGAAUCUGAAUUCUGGAACAAACAUCCUGUUCUGGAGGACUACCAGAGUAACACUGGGAGCUAAAGCCAUCAAACCUGUGUUCCUGAGGAACAUACGGAUAGCAGGUGUGGCGUACACAUCAGUGUGUUUCCCGUGUAAGCCUGGGACUUUCAGUCGUACCCCUGGCUCGUCCUCUUGUGAGCCCUGUCCGCAGGACACCUACUCCAGUCAUGGGGCCAGCUCAUGCACACCUUGCAAUACAGAAACACACUACGCUUCUGAAGGUUCUGCCAUGUGUAGGAGAAGACCUCCAUGCUCCGAGGAAGACUACAUCCAGACCUACAGCACCUGUGAUGAGGAGGGCAAGACUCAGGUCAUAUUUAAAUGGGUAGAGCCUCAGAUUUGUUUGAUGGAUGCUUUGGGUGCUGUUAAACUGCCACCUUCUGGUCAGCGUGAGCCAUGCCCUCCCUGCAACCCCGGCUUCUAUAACAACGGCACGGCCACCUGUUCUCCCUGCCCACCUGGGACCUUCUCUGAUGGGGUUAAAGCAUGCCAGCCUUGCCCAGCUGGCACAGAGCCCAUCCUCGGGUACGAGUACGAGUGGUGGAACGUGCUGCCUGCGAAUAUGAAGACGUCCUGCUUCAAUGUGGCCAAUAACAAGUGUGAUAGUUUAAAUGGUUGGGAGGUGGCAGGCAAUCACAUUCACUCAGGAACAGGUCUUUCAGAUAAUGAUUAUCUCAUUUUAACCCUUCGACUACCUGGAUUCAAGUUGCCCGUGUCACUGCAAGCAGCUGGCAGCGAGUACGGCCACAUCACUUUUGAGUUUGAAACCAUCUGCUCAGCUGACUGUGAAUUCUACUUCAUGGCGGUGGAUGAUGUGAACUCAAGGGGCACAGGUGUAGUUGAAUCAUGGGACGGGAGUAAAACUAAGCAGAGCUAUACCCACAUAAUGACUGAAAACAAAACUGUGGAUUUGACCUGGGCCUUCCAACGCACCAGUCAGGCCAAAGAGGUACGCAAGUAUGUCAAUGACAUGGUGAAGAUCUACUCUGUAACUGUCACUAAUGCCGUGGACGGGGUGGCAUCGUCGUGCCGGGCAUGUGCGCUGCAGUCUCAGCAGGCCGGCUCCUCCUGUGUGCCCUGUCCUGCUGGCCACUACAUUGAUAAACAUACCAACCUGUGCCAAGAGUGCCCAGCCAACACUGUCCUCUCUGGACACCACAUCUAUGGCAGAGAAGCAUGCCAACCGUGUGGGCCGGGCAGCAAAAGCAACAAGGAGCACAGUGUGUGUUUUAGUGACUGUUCAUUCACAUACACUGAAAAGAAUCUGACUCUUCGGUAUGACUUCAGCGCUCUGGCCUCCGCCGGGUCCAUCAUGAACGGGCCGAGUUUCACUGCAAAAGGCACACAAUACUACCACCUCUUCAAUAUCAGCCUGUGUGGAGCAGAGGGUCACAAGGCAGCAGUCUGUAGAGAUAAUGUCACAGAUCUGUCCAGUGAGGACGCUGAUGGUGGUCAUCUGGGCAGUACAGUGAAGGCUUUUAUCUGUCAAUCAACCAUUAUCCCUUCAGAUGGGCGGGGCUUAAAAACAGCCCUUUCCUCGCAAUCCAUUAGCCUGGCAGACACAUUUCAAGGAGCAACAGUGGAGAGAUUACUCAACGGAAUAACCACCAGACCAGAGCUCUUUCCAUCUUCAUCCGAGAGAAUCCCAGACAUCCACUUCUUCUAUCGUUCUCCUCAGGUCACCAUCUCAUGUCCGAGAGGUAGAAAUGCAGUGGUUUCACUGCGCUGUAAUCCAGAGAAAACAGCGAGGGGAGAUCUAUUCGUACCCAGUGAUUGUCCAGCAGGGACGUGUGACGGCUGCAUGUUCUACUUCCUGUGGGAGAGCUCCAGUGCCUGUCCACACUGUUCUGAUGCCAACUACCACGCCAUAGAAGGAGCCUGUAAAGGGGGAGUGCAGGACACCGUGUAUGUGUGGACCCAACCUCGCUUGUGUGCUGGCGGGCUGUCUCUCCCACUGAAGAGAACUUCUCCAUGUGAGACGAUAGAUUUCCGGCUGAAGGUGGGAGUCGCGCUUGGAGCGCUCUGUGCGGUUUUCCUCGUCUCUCUAACCUGCUCCUUCUGGAAGAAGAACAGAAAGCUGGAGUACAAGUAUUCUAAGCUCGUGAUGUCAGCCAAUAAGGAGUGUGAGUUACCGGUGGCAGACAGCUGUGCCAUAAUGGAAGGUGAGGGCGAGGAGAAAGAGGAAGAGGAGGUGGUUUAUCCCAACAACUCUUCUCUUCUGGCUAAGCUAAAAGCUUUCAAGGGCAACAAGAAGAGCGCUGAAGCCAUCCAAAUGAAAUUCUCCCAUAUGGAGAAGUCUGUGUGGGGAUAGAGGAAGAGGAAACGGGGAUACCAAAACAACCGGAAGCCCUUUCCUGUUCGCUAUCGCACGCAGUGGCUUCAAGACAACAAGGAUGGAAGUUUUGCCUCAGGAAAUGGGAAACAUGUCUUUGUCUUCGUGUCACUGUGUGGUUUAUUUAGUCGUUUCUUUAGGUAAGUAUUGUAAGGGUACAGGCCAGGUUUCUCUGUAAGCUUUUCGGAGCAACAGCCGCAACUUUAUGAGUCCUGCUUGUCAGAGCGAAUGUAGCCAAGGGUCAUGCUAAAAACACAAAUACACCAAGACAUUAAGUAUUACUGACAGACGCUUCCAAUCCCAGCUAAACUACACUUGAAAGCCAUGCAAAGUGUGUUGUGUUCAAGCACAGCCAAAAUAGACUUUUUUGGGCUUAAGUUAACCAUGUGACCGUGUGAUGGGGAUGCUCCAAAUGAAAUAUGACAUGAAAUGAAUGAAGUCUGUGAAUAAAGAGAUUUCGGAGAAGCAGGAGUCAGUUUUGUUCUAUUUUUAUGGUUUUCGACAUACCUCCAUGUCAUUCUGUUACUUCAGUACUAAAGCAAACACGAGAGAUUACAGGAUGUGCUUUGCAAACUGAAGCGAUGAAACAUUAGCUGGAUUUGACCCCUAAUUAAGGAGCCUAAUGAUCUGCUGGUGUGGUUUUAUUCUUUAAAUUUCAAGGCCCAUUGACCUUAAAUCUGCUGCAGGGAAAGAUCUGUUGAGACCCAUAAUGAUUCUGGACUGAGGUAUAAAACCCUCUAUUCUGAGGUUUUGAAUGCUGACAAUAUUAUGCAUAUAUGUAAGUAGUGAUUUAAAAAAAAAAUAUAUUGUUUAUAUAUAUUUGUUUGUGUUUUAUAGUAAAAUAAAACCGUAAUUGUGUUCUGUUCUGGAUCUCUUGAUAUGAAUUGAUUUUGAUAUAAUAUAUAAUAAAUGAUUUGCACUCUCAGAUGUGUACUUCUGUGAGCUUGUCCAGGACACAUGUUCUUGUGAGGUCAUUAUACAUCAGUGAAUCUUCUAAUCUAAUACAGCUCAUUUCAGUAAAAUGGCUUUCUGAUGGCUAUACUGAUUAUUUAGGUCGAAUCAAAGAAAACCAGGCAAACUGUAUUACCCCAAGCUUAAAAUUAUGUUCCAGGUUUAUAGACACAAGGUAUAUACACUCACCUAAAGGAUUAUUAGGGACACCUGUUCAAUUUCUCAUUAAUGCAAUUAUCUAAUCAACCAAUCACAUGGCAGUUGCUUCAAUGCAUUUAGGGGUGUGGUCCUGGUCAAGACAAUCUCCUGAACUCCAAACUGAAUGUCAGAAUGGGAAAGAAAGGUGAUUUAAGCAAUUUUGAGCGUGGCAUGGUUGUUGGUGCCAGACGGGCCGGUCUGAGUAUUUCACAAUCUGCUCAGUUACUGGGAUUUUCACGCACAACCAUUUCUAGGGUUUACAAAGAAUGGUGUGAAAAGGGAAAAACAUCCAGUAUGCGGCAGUCCUGUGGGCGAAAAUGCCUUGUUGAUGCUAGAGGUCAGAGGAGAAUGGGCCGACUGAUUCAAGCUGAUAGAAGAGCAACUUUGCCUGAAAUAACCACUUGUUACAACCGAGGUAUGCAGCAAAGCAUUUGUGAAGCCACAACACGCACAACCUUGAGGCGGAUGGGCUACAACAGCAGAAGACCCCACCGGGUACCACUCAUCUCCACUACAAAUAGGAAAAAGAGGCUACAAUUUGCAAGAGCUCACCAAAAUUGGACAGUUGAAGACUGGAAAAAUGUUGCCUGGUCUGAUGAGUCUCGAUUUCUGUUGAGACAUUCAGAUGGUAGAGUCAGAAUUUGGCGUAAACAGAAUGAGAACAUGGAUCCAUCAUGCCUUGUUACCACUGUGCAGGCUGGUGGUGGUGGUGUAAUGGUGUGGGGGAUGUUUUCUUGGCACACUUUAGGCCCCUUAGUGCCAAUUGGGCAUCGUUU